AGCAGUUGCAGUAGGGUGUGAAGGAUGUGAGGGUCCGGAAUGUUUUUCUCUGCUCGUUUACUGAUUAGUGAAAUUAAUGCUCCUUUAUGAACGUUUACAGUGGAGUGUUGUUAGAAUUGCAGACUGAGCAUGUGUGUAAUUUGUAAGUGGUGUGUUCUGUGGGGUGAAAAGGCUUGUGAUUAGAUCAUACAGGUAACUUCCUGUUUUCACUUUUGAGCUCAGACGACUGAUAGAAAAUGGCUUCGAAUAAAGAUCCAGCAAAGCAGAGGAGGAGGAAUAGAAGUAAGAGUCCACCUCCAUACAUGUCUGAGCUGAGGAUUGUUCUGUUGGGGAAGAGUCUCCAAGACACCAGCAAGGUAGGGAAUUUUAUCCUGAGAAGAGAGGCAUUUGAGACUGAAGCUCCGCCACAUUCAGUCAAGCAGCACAGUGAAAGAGCCAAAGGACGUGUGGAAGGAACAUACAUCACCAUCAUCAAUGCAGCUCAUUUGUUUGACCCUCCACUGAGGAUUCCAUCCAAAGAACUGAAAGAGUGUGCAUAUCUUUCUGCUCCAGGACCUCAUGCAUUUUUACUUGUGAUAGAGCCUCACAGCUUCACAGAGGAGGACAAGAACCACCUGGAAUUUUUACUAAACUGGUUCAGUGAACAAGCUCUAAACUAUGCCUUUGUGAUUGGUAUUAACGCCGAUUCUAAAAAGUCAGACGCCUCUCAAAGAUUAAUUGAAAAAUGUUGUCAGUAUCGUAAAUAUAAACAACUAGGGAAAAAUAAGGAUUCACGUUCUCGGCUUUUUGAUGAUAUCAGAAAUAUGGUCAAAAAGAAUGGGGGAGAUCAUCUCAUAUGUAAGAGCUUUGAGGAUGUGCCUGUGGAAUCUUUCCAAACUGAUAACCUUGUGAGACAGAGUGAGAGAACAACAUCAGAUCGUCCUGAUGACAUAAAGGAGAAGAGCAAGUCAACUGUAAUGGGAAACGUCUUGGGUCGAAUUGGUUUAAGUGCAUUGCUGCCAGAGAAAAAGACUGGAGAGCAUUCGGCAAGGAUACCAGGAAGUGAUUCCUCAGUGCCAGAGUUGAACUUGGUGCUGUAUGGAAGUGAUGAAGAUCUAAAGGCCUCUAUAUCAGAUCUUAUUUUGGGCCCGAGAACUACAAAGAGUGGAUUAGUCUGUGGACACAUUCUCAGUCUGAUGGUGAUGCCAGCUCUCUACAACGCUCAUCUCUCAGAUGAGGAAGUGAUGCAUAAGAUUCUCCACCAUGUCACUUUUGAUAAUCCCGUCCAUGCUUUUCUUUUCAUCGUUCCUGUUGGUCCUCUCACUGAUGAUGACAAAGGAGAAAUAGAGAUGAUUCAGAGAAUCUUUAGUUCAAGGGUCUGGGAUCAUAGUAUAGUUCUUUUUACCAGUGAGAACAUUAAUGAAGCUGCUGCAGUUAACUUUGUACAGCAGAGUUCAGAAAUGGAAGAACUUCGCACAGUGUGUAGCGGCAGAUAUAUGAUCUUGGAGAAAGAAAAAAAAAGGAGAAGCAAGCAGGUGUCAGAACUGUUAGACCGAGUAACAGAUAUGAAGAUGAUUUAUUCUCUCCCGAUGUUUAUCGAAGCACAAAAAGAUGGAGCUAAAAAACAGCUAGAGGACGAAUUGGCUGAAAUGAAGAAAAGAAUCAGGCAACUUGAAGCAAAACAGGAAAUAUGUGCCGAGGAUGAAAACUGUGUCUCCGAUUGUCUGAGAAUAUUACUGAUUGGAAAAACUGGAAAUGGGAAAAGUGCAACAGGAAACACUAUACUAGGAAGAAAAGAAUUUAAGUGUAACACCAGCUUGACAUCUGUGACCAAAAUAUGCCAGAAGGGAAUUGGAGAAGUCCAGGGUAAAUCAGUAGCUGUUGUGGACACUCCAGGACUCUUUGACUCCACACUAUCAACUGAAGAGGUAACAGAAGAAAUUGUGAAAUGCAUCUCAAUGCUGGCACCAGGACCUCAUGCCUUCAUCAUUGUGUUGACUGUGGGAAGGUUUACUGAGGAAGAGAAGCAAACUCUGAAUCUGAUUCAGAAGAUGUUUGGUCCUGAGGCUACAAAGUACAGUAUAGUGCUGUUUACUCGAGGAGAUGACUUGGAAGAUGAAACACUAGAAGAUUAUAUCAAACACAGUAAUCAUGUACAUGUGAACAGGCUAAUCAGGAACUGUGGUGGAAGAGUUCACUUGUUUAAUAACAAAAUAAAAGAUACCACCCAAGUUGGCGAGCUUCUCCAAAUGAUUGAAGAAAUGAUAAAGUUCAACAGGAACAAUUAUUUUACUAAUGAGAUGUUUGAGGGGGCGGAGAUGUCAAUACAACAGAAACAAAAGGAGAUACUGAAAGAGAGAGAAGAGCAGAUGCAAACUGAAAGAGAGGCUCUGAAGGCCAAAUACGAAGAAGAACUCAAACAGAUGAAGAAGACUCUGGAGAAAGAGAGAGAACUGUUGGAAGAGGAAAGAUGUAAAAGGGAAAACACUUUUAAAGAGAAGGAAGAAGCACUGAGGGGAGAAUAUGAGAAGAAAGAAGAAGAACAGAAAGAGAAACAGUUCAAAGAGAACCAGACAACAGAAGAGGAGAGACAGAAGCUAAAGAGACUGAAAGAGGAGAUCGAAGCAGAAAGGCAAGAGGAGAUCAAAAAGAGAGAGAAAGAAGACAAAGAAAGGAAAGAAAAAGAAGACAGGGAACGUGAGGAAAUGAAAAAUGAGUAUGAGAAGAAAAAGAAAGAAAUGGAGACCAAACAUCAGGAUGAGGCUCGAAGAAAAGCUGAGGAGAUUAAUGACCUAGAAACUAAACAUAAAACAUAUAUAAAAGAAUUGGUUGAUAAGCACCAAAAGGAUUAUGACCUCCUCAAAGAGCUGUAUGAAAGUAAAAAAGAAGAAUGUUCCCGUCUUAAAAACAAAUACGAAAGUACAAAAGAAGAGAGCAAAGGAAAGACAUGCAUUAUCCUGUAACCGCUCGAUGAUACUUUUCUGAUGUUUACAUUCACACACACACACACACACACACACACAAACACACACACACACACACACACACACACACACAAAAAAAAUAUAUAUCGGUCUACAUAUUUAAAAU